AUGGAGACUGCAAAGGAUGUACCCGUGCAACGAUUAGUAGUCGAUUCCAGUGCUUUCAUCAAGCGAGCACCUUUACAUGAAUUAGGUUCGGAGAUUUAUACAGUGCCAGGAGUAAUAGAUGAAUUGAAGUGCGAGAAAAUGCGUCAUUUACUUGCUAGUCUUCCAUUUGAAAUUCAAGUUCAAGAGCCAUCUCGUGAUUCACUUCAUAUCAUAACCGAGUUUUCAAAAAAAACUGGCGAUUAUCCAUCGUUAUCAGCAGUUGACUUGAAAUUGCUCUCGCUUACUCAUGAUCUGCAUUUGGAGUUGUGUGGAGCAAGCAGUUUGAACUACGAAUUUAAGGGCACUGAACAAUAUGAAACGCAUAUUAGUUCGACUAAAAAUGAGUCUGAAUCGUAUUCGAACAUAAACAACACCGAUAAUGAUAUUACCGACCAACGCAGUAGUGACAGUGAUUGUGGCACGUGGUUAGAUGAAAACAAUGUUGAUGAAUUAUUACAAAACAGUGGUGAAGAAGUAGUACCAGUAAAAGAUUUAAAGGUAGCUUGUAUUACAUCGGAUUUCGCAAUGCAAAAUAUUCUUCUUCGUUUGGGUCUCAAUUUAUUGUCAAUUAAUGGAUAUAAAAUAAGUAGGCUGAAAAACUACAUUUUAAGGUGUCGGGCAUGCUUUGCAACAACAGCGAACAUGACAAAACGUUUUUGUCAUCGUUGCGGAAAUGACUCACUACAUCGAGUCGCUGUCAGCAUUAAUGAGGAUGGAACAAUGCAACUUCACAUUAAUUGGGAUAGGCUGAAGUCUGCGCGUGGUCUUAAACAUUCUCUUCCAGCUCCUAAAGGUGGGAAACACGCUGUAGGACCUCAACUGUUUGAAGAUCAACCAAUACCACAAAAUAGGAUGGCUCGUUGUCAUCAGGAUGCAACUGCAGGACCAUUUGUUAUGAAAGAUGUUACGAGCAGCUUAUUGAGCCUUAACAUUGUGCAGCGUACUCCAGUAAAAAUAAGCUCGAUGUCGACGUUUUACUGUCACAGUUGUGAGCAAGCAGUGUCGCUAAGAGAUGGAGAUUUUGUCUGCGCGAGAUGUGGUGGCGAAUUUAUCGAGGAAUUAUCUGUGGGCAACUCACCAUCAAUGUCACCUUUUGAAAUGAUUUUUGGUCAGUUUAUCUCAGACAGAACACCCAGAAAUACAAAUGUGGUUUCUUCAAGUGAUACUCAGCAAAACGAAAAUCAAGAACAGCAACCACAGCCCUCAUCAAUAAGAUUUCCUAUGGUUCCUGGGGAAGACGAUAAUGUUGUAGUGCGGUUUUUGAAUCAGUUACUGAGCGAUUUGUCAGCUCAAGGAACACAAGUACAAUUACAGAUUACUCGCGAACCAAAUGCUCAAGGAACUAUUUUUCACGGACUUCUCUCGGAUUACGCAUUCGGAGAAAAUGGCCUUGACCAGAUUGUUACGCAGUUGCUGAAUCAAUUCGAAGGAGGUUCUACACCUGUUGAUCCGAAACUUCUCGCAAACCUACCCAUGACCACUGUGGAAAAAAAACAUAUUGAGAGUGAUGCCCAAUGCACGACGUGCAUGGAAACUUUCAAAGAGAACGAAGUAGUAGCAAUUCUGGAUUGUCAACAUAUAUUUCAUCGAGAAUGUAUCUUGCCUUGGCUAACGAGAAGUGAUACUUGUCCAGUGUGCAGGAAAACAGUUGAUGCCACUAAGUGGAGGAACAUUAAUCCUAUGGAUGAACUGGAUUGA